AAGUUUCAUGUUUUUCAACUUUACCUAUUACCAAAUUGAGGUUAGUUUAUGGAGAUAAAAGCUAUCGUUAUCGUUAUUGUAAUAUAAGUUCUGUUUCCAUCCUAUUAUCUUUUGAAAGUGUUAAUUAGACAUAGUGAUUUAAUAGUUAUUCUAAACCAAAACUCUCAAAUACGGAAAUAGUCAUAGAACAUCUGUGUUGAAAAUUGUUGUAAGGCUACUCUCCAACAGUUCACCAUUUUUCAUUAAUAUGAAAGUCUGCGAAAGAACUGAGUGCUCGUUCCAUAAGUGGUACCCAUUAUUUAAAAGUGUGACCAUAAAGUCUGUAAUCGAGCAAAUACCAUCUGAAGUGUUAUCAUAUUUGAAAGAAGAUGGCAUAGUUCUACCUGUUGAAGCAAACUCCCAACCGCGAGUCUCUGAUGAAGUUGAAAGUGAUUACACGGUCAACUGGUUAGAUGGUAAUGAUGAUGAAGAUGAAGAGGAUGAAUCCCCGUCAUUUCCAGAAUUCAGCUCUAAACUAAAGGAGGCUAUCGGUGCUUUAGGAGGGGAAGUUUUUAUCAAAACUAAUUGGAGCGCCCCUACUGACUCUUCAUGGAUAACUUCUUGUAAAACACUGAAAUGCAAACGUUUAGAGGACGUUUAUCUUCUCUUGAACUCUUCUGACCGUUUGAUGGAAAAUUUCCUUUCACCUCUCAAAACAUCCAAGAAUGGACAGGAACAAUCACAUUGUAUUAUUUUGAAAAAGUGGAUGGAUAUUCACCCAGGAACUGAAUUUCGUUGCUUUGUGAAAGACAUGGUACUAUUGGCUAUCACUCAACGUGACUGUUCAGAUUUCUUUCAGCACAUUUCUGAAGAGAAAUUUGACAUAAUACAGGAUAUCACCGAUUUCUUCAACAACAAUAUAAAGAACAAAUUCUCACUGCCCAAUUUUACGUUUGACGUUGUAAGGCAGAAAAAGAGUAAAGUCGUGCUUCUAGAUUUUGGUGUUUUCAACAAGAAGUUUUCAAAAUCAUAUCUUUUCACCUGGGACGAACUUUUGGACAUUUCCAAAGCAAUGAAGGAUGGAGACAAAGCUGAAUUUCGAUAUAUUGGAUCCGAAACUGGAAUUCAACCUUCAGCAAAUGCAUUUGAAAGUAUGUGCGGUCUGCCUUUGGACGUCAAAUAUAUGACAAAUGACUUUUCUCUUAUAAAUCUAAUACAAGAAGAAAUCACUCAACAAAACCAAGAAGAUGAUGUUUGAGUUUUGAGUCGAUUUUGCAAGCUGUACGUUUUUAUUUUAAAAAAUAAAUCCAAAUUCAUUUUGUAUCAA